CUUGGCGCAGACCCAACUGGCGCAAAAGUGCUUUGAGGAAGUGGAGAAGAGUAAUUACACUGGUGCGGCUGCAGGUGCAGGAGCUUCUGGUCUACUGAUCGAAGACCCGGAUGACAAAAAUGAUGACCAGCAGCGGGAAGAGCAACAAGUCGCUAUUCAUCUACAACUUCCCAGCAAAAGAUUAUCGCAUUUCGCAGACAAAGACCGCACGCUCGUGCGGCUCUGUUUGUCUCGGCUGCACGAUGUACUGGCCAAGUUGUACAACAAUCAGAGUGACCUCGACCACCAGAACCAGCUCCACGAAACCCUUGACGCGCAGCUGAGCUUUCUUUACCCGGUGUUCAACCACCUUGCGAAAGAGCUCCCGCUCGGGGGCGGAGCGGUGGACCUCUCCGCGUUUGGCAAACUGCUGGCCAUGAUCGGGUCGAACCCGAAUUUGUGGCGCAUUUUCGAAAAAUUCCCCUUCUUCCUGACCAACUGGUUCAAGGUGUUGAGCUCCAGGCCCGUCAUGGCCAAGAUCGCGAACCAUGGCGCACAUCAAGGCGGAGAUGGUCCAAAAUCAUCUGCUUCCAAUACGCCUUCCGGCGGUCUUGUGGUG